AUCUUCUCAGCAAUUCAAGAUAACUACACAGGCUCACUCAUUUCCAGUUAGUUAACUCUUCCCUCCAAAGCUCAUCAAAAGAAGAAAGCAAUGCUUCAUUCUCUGUCUCUCACUGCUUUAUCUUCCAUUUCUCCAUCCAAAACCCUAAACUCCAUCACUCUCUCUUCAUCUUCACCUUCUUCUUCCUCUGCCUCUUUGCACUCUCCCUUAUACCUAAGAUUCCGAACAAACAACCAUGAGAAUCUUCGCUACCUCAAAGCCAUUGGCGUCAUUGAUCCCAACACUAAACCACACCUACUGCCAUCCCCAGAUGCCAUAACCCAAAUGCUUUCCACCAUAGAUUUUUUCAAAUCCAAGGGCUUUCACGACACUGACUUCUCAAGGCUCGCUUACAUUUCCCCCCAACUCUUCUCCUAUGACUUUGAUCUCACUGAUGUAGAGCCCGUUUUCCAAUUCUUGGCUACUGAUUUACAAGCUUCGGUUGAAGAAUCCAAAGGUUUGAUCAUUAAUUGCCCUCAGAUUCUCUUUUCUGAUGUUGAAUAUUGCCUUAAACCAACCCUUGAUUAUCUAAAGCAAUUAGGGGUAGCAAAAUUGAAUGUUGCGAGUAAAUUAAAUGCAAAUCUUUUGAACAUCCGGGAAGAGAGACUGCGUUCAAAGGUCAAGUUCUUGAAGAGUAUUGGGCUUUCACAUAAGGAGGCAGCAAGUUUCUGUGCAAGAAUUCCAGCUAUAUUUGGGUAUAGUAUUGAAAAUAAUUUGAGACCCAAGCUGGAGUACUUGUUGGAGGAGAUGGAGAGGAGCAUGGAAGAGUUGAAAGAGUUCCCCCAAUAUUUUGGGUUUAGCUUGAAGAAGAGGAUUGUGCCUAGGCAUUUGCAUUUGAAGAAGAGGAAUGUUAGGAUUAAGUUGAAUCGAAUGUUAAUGUGGAGUGAUGAGAGAUUCUAUGCAAAAUGGAAGUAAUAAAAUUUAGCACGCAACUUCCAAACUUGAUUAUUGGAUUUUUGUGCCAAAUGUUCACUGAUUUUCUCAGGAAGAUUAAUCUAAAAUAUCUAUGGAUGUUGCA